AUGGAAGGAAGCGGUUUGGACAGUGAGGUUUCGGAAACUGAUGCGGGUAUCGGGUUGAUGGCGGAGGCAGAGAUGAGGGCGGGGCUGGGCGCUAGAAGAUCUUCGAGAACGUCGAUCUUCAGACAGAGCAGCGGGGAUCUGUUGUCGCUCGCUGCUGCGGCAGGGAAGCAGCAGCAGCGCGGAGGUUUGCUGCAGGACCUAGGCAGACGACGCGGAGUCAAUUCCCCCACACAAGUAGUUCCUGGGCCGUCUCCCGGACUGCGCCCCAGAACUCCCGACCAGAAACACAUUACUUCUCCUUCCGGUCUCAUGCGGGGCUGCGCGGAAGUCUCCUCUCCCAGUCCCCGAGCGUCGACUCCGGCCUCUGCUGCUACAGAUGGUACUAGCGUGGUCAAAGCGAAAGCACCAGGGGGAGGCGUUCUUAGACCGCCCGGGGGAGUUGCGCCGAAGCCCCCCCCCGGUUCUUCUUUCGCCGGCGCCGCGGCGGCGGCGGCGGCGGCGGCGGCGGCGGGGUUGCCUGUGCCCGUCGACGGCAGAGGACGGGCCGGACGAGACUACGGCCCCGGCAUCCCCGUGACUCGUAUCGCAUCGUGGUCAACCUUUGGGGACGAAGGCGGCGGAACCAUCUUCGGGGAUGACGAAGCCGACGCUGCGCGAAGAAGGGGAGAGGGGGGCGGGCGUGACGAGGAGGGGUCUUCGCAUAUCCGGGUGGCGGGGGGGGGGCUGAGGCGACAGGGGUUGAAAGGCGCUUCUGGUGCGGGGACUCCGGGGCAGGGGCCGAACGAAGAGGAAGAGUCUUCUCGGUCGGCAGACUGGGCGACGAACAACCAAAACGGAAAGGCGAGCUUCUUGAGCGACGAGGAUCGUGCGAUAGAGGCGGCUCAGGGGGGGGAUCUGGCCGCGAUCAAGGCGUUCCUGGACCGGGGCGGGGACAUCGAGCUUCGCGACUCGCUGGGAGGGAUGACGUUGCUGGCCUGGGCGUCCAGACGGGGACACACGGAGUUGGCCCGACUGCUGCUCUCCAGGGGGGCGUCUGCCACAGCGAGGGACGGGAGGGACAGGACCCCGCUCCACCGCGCUUGCUCGGGCUGCAACCCCGACGUCGUGAAGGCGCUUCUUGAGGCCGGAGCCGAUCCCAAUGCGCGAGACCAGACGUGGAGAACCCCGUUGCAUCGGUCGGCUCGAUGGGGAUCACCGGGUUGUACCACCAUGCUCCUCGACGCUGGCGCUGACAUUGAGGCUAGAGACAAGGAGCUGGCUCGAACCCCGUUGCACUCUGCGAGCAGAUCGGGAGGGCUGGAGACCACGCUCGUUCUGCUCAACAACGGCGCCGACUUGAAUGCCAAGACCGUUGCUGGGAAUACCCCAUUGCACUUGGCGUGCGAUCGGGGGCUUUUGGGGAACGCGAAGCUAUUAAUGGAGUGGGGGGCAGAUGCCACUGCUAAAAACGAGGCCGGCGCUUUACCGGCAGAGGUGGCUGCCCCGUGGGUGGAAGACUCGGUAAAGGCUAGCAUGCAGGAGUUGCUGGCGCCUAGAAGACAGCCUUCGAAGGAGGGCUCCGAUGCUACCUCCCACACCAGACCAACGCCAGCGGUGGUUCGGCCGAGACCGAAAGGAGCAGCGGAGGAAGAAGCGGGGUUAAUGGAGUUCAUCCGAUCGCAACGAAAUUCCAUGGCGGAGUGCCCCGAGUGCCAACAGGACAUGCUCCGACAGACCCACGCCUUCAACAGCGACGGUGUGCCCAUCGGGCUUUCGAGUGCACACGGCACUUACAGGAUCUCGUCCGCCGGGAGCCCGGGAAAGGUCAAGAUGUGCUCCGCGCAUCGCGCGCGAGCGCAGCCCGGCGAAGGUGGCCUGCCCGGGCUCGACGAGGGCUUUCAGCGCGGCCUGCUAGGAGAUGCCAUGUUGGGGGAGGGGAUGAGCGAGUUUCGUCCCCGGAAGGGGAUGGGCAAGAGCCGAAAGAAGCAGCUCUCGUCCAAGAGCAAGUACGAGGGAGGAUGCUGCAGUGUACAAUAGUAGGAACAACUCUACCUGCCUUGGUUCUGCAUGGCUGGAGCCGUGUGGCCGGCGAGGUUUGCAGCAGCGUGGCGGAGGAGACACGGGGAGAGGGGCCAAGGCCAGGCGGAAGGGGGUGCAUCCGGUCUUUCGGUAUGGAACAUGUGUGGGAGCAAACUUCAGUUCGUGCUGUGCCGUCCGGUGUGUUUGUUCAAGGGGUUCACUGACAAGCUGUCGGAAGAGUAGUGCUGUCUACUCUCCAAGUACAUGUGUCGAGUAUGAGUGCCAAGAGUCCACGGUAUUUUUGCGUCUUGUUGUCGUUUUUCGUUGAUGACAUCUGUCACUAUUUGUCGCGGGUCCUGUCUGACAACGGGACCCCCUUAUAUGGGUGUGCUCAAUUUACGUGUUGGUGUUCGCAUCGUAUUGUCUUCCGUAUUCUAUUUUAUCCGUUUUUUUAAGACCUUGUAGAAGUACCGUGUCGCGCACGCUGACCGAGCGCAAGCUGUUUGUUUUGCAGCAACAGCAGCACCAUUAGGCGGAACGCAGGCAUGCAUGCCUGUUUGUGCCGUUCCUGCGACUGCUGUAGGACUUUUGUGUGCAGGGGACACCCGACGUGUAGCUUUCUCCUACGCGAUAAGCAUCAUGCAUACAGCGGCGUGCUAAAGUCUGGCUGAUGGUCCUCUGGCGAUUUACGGAGAAGAGGUGCAUCCCUACUCUUGAUACUUUUGAGACAACUUCUUGUCCAAUAUUCCCGACUCAGAAAGCCGUUGGUUUUACGCUUCUGCCGAGUCCAGAAGUAUGUUCCACGUUUGUUAUGUGUAGCCCGUUCUUCUUCUUGUCUUGUUAUCAUGGAAAGGCGUUGGUUGUCCUUGUAGAUAACGAUGGGCGGUUUUGGUGUCGCACAUGCAUGUAUACUUGGCUCAUCCAUGGCGUGUCAUCGAGGGGUGUUUUUUCGUGGGUGUCGAGAUGGUGAUUUAUGCGUCUGCUGCGGGUGGUCUAUGGAACCUCCCAACCUGUAGAAACUGGAGCGGAUGUUCACUGCUACGGUAGGAGAAGGGGUUCCGCCAUAUGCGUAUUACUCUGUCAGUGCAAACUAGCGUAUCGCUCGCGUCGUGCAUAGCUGGGUCGAGUGUUU